AUGAAUAACGUGUCCAAUUCUGCCGAUUUAAAGUUUCAGGAUAACGAACACUCCAAGGAAUCAGUAGAAGAAGCGGUACUAAAGUAUGUGGGAGUUGACUUCAAGGAUCACGUUAAAAAGGUGAAAAAAUCAAAAAAAAAUAGGAAGGAAGAACAUCAAGGUAAGAAUACCAAUAUAGAUUGGUGUUUGAAAACAUCAGAUACAAGCAAUGCACAUAAAUUGAAUGAGAUAGAAACAGAUUCUGUUGCCAUGGCCGCCAUUGCAGCCGCGUAUAAUAGUUCAAUAAGGGAAAAGGACAAGAGGAGACAUCAUAAAAAUGCUUCUAAUACUAAGCAAGAGGGAAAGAAGCAUCACAAAUCAAGAAAAUCCAGAAAAGAAAGAAAAGCGAAAAUAAAAAUGGUUCUUGACCCGCAGUUAACGACGUUAGAUGAAACUAUAACAACAUCAACAUUUUUACCUGAUGAUCUCAUUGCUGAAACAGCUUUUGAUGAGUAUGUUGAUGCUGAAAAGGCAUAUUUGGUUAAAAGCUCGAACAAACUCUCAGUGAUCGACGGAAAUAAUAAAGAUAUAGAUGUUAAUAACAACAGCACCCUUGUUAAGCUCUAUACCGAUUUAGAGGCGGUUCCAAAUGAUGGAAGCUAUGUAAAGCGGACAGCGAGGAUACCUGAAAAGGAUGUCAAUUCAGAUGAGUUAAAACGGACACAAGAGAAAGAGAAGGGAAGUACCAAGUUACUGCGAUCUGACAUUGUGAAAGCAUCGGUAGUGGACGGUGCUAUCACAAAAUCUAUAGGGAGGAAAUUCACUUUCAACGAAGAAGAAGCUUUGGACCAAUUUAUCGAAGAAUACAUGCAAAUAAGAGACUUAAAUAGACGCCAAAUGUGUGAGAGAAUUUGGUCUACCGACGGGGUCAUUAGAGAUGGGUUUUGGGCAAAUUUAAGCAAGGUUUUGCCUUAUAGAACAAGGUCUUCGAUAUAUAAACAUAUAAGAAGAAAGUAUCAUAUUUUUGAACAGCGUGGGAAGUGGACGCCCGAGGAAGAUCAAGAAUUAGCAAGAUUAUGUUUAGAAAAAGAAGGACAUUGGACUGAGGUAGGAAAACUUUUAGGUAGAAUGCCAGAAGAUUGCAGAGACCGUUGGAGAAAUUAUAUGAAGUGUGGUUCAAAAAGAGGCUCAAAAAGAUGGUCAAAAGAAGAAGAAGAAUUACUGACAACUGUGGUAAAUGAAAUGAUCGAAGAAGCACACAAUUACCAAAGGAUAAAAGAAAUCGAGGCUACUAACAAAGAUGAUAUAUACAAUCAAAUGUAUACCAGGGGCCCAAAAGGGAAGAGAAUUAGCGAUAAUCCUACUUUUAAAGAUAUGAUUAAUUGGACUGUGGUCAGUGAACGUAUGGGCGGUACGAGAUCUCGUAUACAAUGCCGCUACAAAUGGAAUAAAUUAGUAACUGAUGAAGCAUCCAAGAGUAUGUUGAGUAAUCCUUGUUCCGACAAGAAAUGA